AUGUGUAUUCGAAUGAUACCUCCAGAAGACGUAUCGGUUGGUUCAAUAUCUGCUACUCAAUCUAUUACUCAAGCUUCUCCAAUAACAACUGUACAAUGUACUGCGUCAUCAUGCCAAACAUCAACGACUACACCGGUAAGAGUGACCCCUGUAAUGGUUUCUCCUGUAGCCACAGUUACUGAAACUGUUGCACCUGUAACCACAGCACCUGUAACUGUUGCACCUGUAACCACAGCAACUGUGACGAUGGCUCCCACGUUGUGCACAAAAUGUGAUAUAGCUGCGAUCGCACCAGUGAUGGAAGCCAACACAGUUUUUGAGAAUACAAAUACAGUAGGAGUCGAUGGGUGCACACAAACCAAUGCGAUAUGCAGAAGAACCGAUGAUCAAGUCUGUACAGUCACUUUAUCUGCAACAAAUGCUGCUGGGACUUCUACUAUUUCCAGUGCUAUGAAUGUGAAACAAGUCAGUGGAUUGCUCACUUGUCAGGCUGAUGGUACCUACUCCAGUGGCUCAGUCACAGGAAUCACCAAACUUUUGUGCACUUUUGAUACAUGCGUACCUGCUUGCGCUACAUGUGACACAGAAGCUGUCAAACCAUUGAUGAAUCCACCCAAUUCAGACUUUGAUUUAUUCGAUAUUACCCCUGCUGGGCAAACAUGCAAGAGAAUCGUUGUUGGUUGUCGUACCACUGUUAUGACUUGUUCUUCAGUAGUUCUUUACGCUGAGAUUGGUACAGGAGGAGAAGUGACUAUCAAUUCAGCUACCGGUUCGGAUAGUGUGUCUGGAAAUGUUGACUGCGGAACUGAUGGAAAAGUAACAUUCGGAAUGACAGGACCUAUUGUUAGAUUUCGUUGUGAAUUCAACGGUUGUUGA